AUGGGGGGCUCAAGUGAGAGUACUUCAAUAGGGGUAGAACAACCUCAAGUAGAUGACGUAUGUAAUGAAAGGCUGGGGCUUGAAGAUGGAAGAAUACACAAGGUGGAGUUGGAAGUUGCUGAAAUGGAUUUCAAGUUGAAGUAUGAAAGGAAGCUGAAUGAGCUAUGCUUGAAGAUGGUUUCAGAGUUAGAUAGGAUGAACAAUGAAAUUAGGUAUGUUAGUUGGUCAGCUAAAGUCAUAGUUGGUGCUUGUGAACAGCUAAACAUGGUGGUGGGUGGCGGUUCCUACCCCGAUACAAUGACCCGGUUCGCAUUCAACAACAACGCCACCCAUUACGACGGUUUGACGCCGUGCGACUCCGUCAAGAAGAAGAGGGGCCGUCCGAGGAAGUACUCGCCUUCGCCAGCUGGCAACAUCGCUUUGGGUUUGACUCCCACACAUGUGUCUUGUGCUUCUUCCGCACCCUCCACUGAACCUCUGGCCAAGAAGAAUAGGGGAAGACCCUCUGGCUCUGUAAAGAAGCAGCUUAACGCGCUUGGAACUGGUGGGACUGGUUUUACUCCUCAUGUAAUCUUGGUUGAUACUGGCGAGGACAUUGCUGCAAAAAUUAUGGCCUUUUGUCAACAAGGACCCCGGACAGUUUGCAUUCUUUCUGCUAAUGGUGCAAUCUGCAAUGUCACCCUUAGACAGCCAGCAGUGUCUGGGGGUACUGUGACAUAUGAGGACAAAUUUGAGAUUAUAUCCCUUUCAGGUUCUUUACUACUAUCUGAAAAUAAUAGUGGUUGCAGCAGAACGGGUGGCUUGAGUGUUGUCAUCGCAAGGUCUGAUGGACUAGUAUUGGGUGGCGGAGUUGCUGGAAUGCUUACUGCUGCAUCACCAGUACAGGUCAUUGUGGGUAGCUUUAUUGCGGAUAGCAAAAAGUCUAGCUCAAAUAACCUGAAAUCUGGGCCAUCUACGACGCCAUCAUCCCAAAUGUUAACUUUUGAUGCUACUAUGACUCCAAGCAGUCCUAUCUCUCAAGGGCCUUCCAAUGAGUACUCUGAUGACAAUGAUAAUAGUCCUUUUAGUAGGGGGCCUGGACUCUACAAUAAUGCUAGUCAGCCCACUUAUAUUAUGCCAGCGUACCAUCAUCAAUUGUGGGCUGGCCAAACUCAGCAGUGA